CUCUUUCAUUCAUUCACUUCAUCUUCUCCAUCCAUCUUCCUCUGCUCCCUUUUUCCUUCUCUCUGUUUCGAUCUGAACUCUGCUAUUCAGAGUUCACACACACACAAACUAGUGAGACAUAGUUUUGUUUGUAUUAUUAUUUAUUUAUUUUUUUUGAAAGAUUGUUUGUAUUAUUAUUAGUUUCAAUUAAAUGAAGAAAGCACAGGGAGAGAUUUUGAGAUCCAUGUUUGGACCAAAGGAAAGGAGUACUCUCUCUCUCUCUCUCUGAACUGUCUGUUUGAGCUUUGGUGAGCUAAACCAACGAACGAGCGAGCUUCAAGCUCAACAGGCCUUCUUUGAGUAUGUAUGUAAUGUACCCGUCUUCACCUUCUUCUCAUGAAACGCCUUAUGAAAUGCCAUCCAACUCUACUACCACUAUCAUUACCCAUCGGAUAUCAACCUCUUUCCCGCUCUCUCACUUCCUCAACCUCCACAUAUCAACGUAAAUGGAAACCAAAGACCACUCUCAUCAUUACCAACCCAACUUUAUUACUCAUGGAGUCUUGCUCCACCAUGCUCCAGAUGAAGCAAAUUCAAGCUCAAAUGACUCUCACUGGUCUCAUUACCGACACUUUUCCGGCUAGCCGGGUAUUGGCUUUCUGUGCUCUCGCUGAUUCAGGCGACAUUCGCUACGCGCACGCUUUCUUUACCCAGAUUGAGAAACCCAAUACUUAUAUGUGGAAUACAAUGAUUAGAGGCUAUUUGAAAGCUCAAUUUCCUGAAAUGGGGUUUUCGUUCUUCGGGCAGAUGGUCCGGGAAGGCAUCGAAAUGGACGGGCUUAGCUUUGUUUGGGUGCUUAAGGCGUGUGGGAAUUUUCCGGGAAUUUCAGAGGGAAACUUGGUCCAUUGUAAGAUUUGGAAGAUGGGGUUUGAUAUGGAUUUGCUGGUACGAAAUGGACUUAUACAUUAUUAUGCCGAUCGUGGUUGUUUAUUAGCUGCUCGCAAAGUGUUUGAUGAAAGCUCUGUGAGGGAUGUCGUUACUUGGACUACGAUGAUUGAUGGGUACGCAGCCCAUGAUUGCCUGGAUGAGGCUAAGCAGGUAUUUGAGUCAAUGCUGUUAAGUAAUGUUAAACCGAAUGAGGUUACUAUGAUUGCAAUGCUCUCUGUUUGCAGUAGUAAAGGGGAUAUUCUUAUGGGAAAGCAUAUCUAUGAUUAUAUUACGAUGCAGAACGUAAAUUGCAGCCUUAAUUUGCUCAAUGCAACGUUGGAUAUGUUUGUGAAAUUUGGUCUCUUGAUAGAAGCAAAGAAGAUUUUUGAUAAUAUGAAAACCAAGGAUGUGUUUUCGUGGACUAGCAUGGUUAAUGGGUAUGCUAAAUGGGGAGAUUUAGAUUCUGCAAGAAGCUUCUUCAACUGCAUGCCGGAAAAGAAUGUGAUAUCCUGGACAGCAAUGAUUGCAGGUUAUUCUCAAAAUAAUCAACCAAAGGAAGCUCUGAUAUUGUUUCAAGACAUGAUGAAAGCAGGUUUGUUUCCAAUAGAGAAUACUUUAGUGUGUGUUCUCUCUGCAUGUGGCCAAUUGGGUUGCCUGGAUUUGGGCCAGUGGAUUCACCGUUGUUGCAUCAACCCUAAAGGGGUUCAGCAAAGUGUCAUAUUAAGUAAUGCACUUAUAGACAUGUAUGCCAAAAGUGGGAGUAUUUAUACAGCUGCAAGUCUCUUUAAUGAAAUGCCACUAAAAAAUUUGGUUUCUUGGAAUACUAUGAUUGCAGGAUAUGCUUCACAUGGUUAUGCCAAGCAAGCUCUUAUCCUCUUUGAGCAAAUGAAAAAUGCAGGAUUCGAACCCGACUCAAUCACUUUCGUAGCUGUCUUGUCAGCCUGUAGCCAUGGUGGAUUAGUCUCUGAAGGUAGAGAGCACUUCAAAAGCAUGUUAAGGGAUUAUAAAUUAGAGCCCAGAGAAGAGCAUUAUGCUUGCCUGAUAGAUUUACUUGGUCGAAUUGGACUGUUGGACCAAGCUUAUGAUUUGAUCAGAAAUAUGCCAAUGUUACCAAGUGAAUCAGCUUGGGGUGCUCUUCUUAAUGCUUGUAGGAUGCAUGGAAAUGUUGAGCUGGCUAAGCUUUCAGCUCAGAAGCUUUUAGAAAUGGAUCCCCAAGACAGUGGUAUCUAUGUAUUGCUGGCUAAUACUUUAGCUAAUAACAAAAAAUGGGUUGAUGUGAGGAUGGUUAGGAGCAUGAUGAGAGAGGUGGGUGUCAAGAAGAGUCCAGGUCGUAGCUUGAUAGAAAUAGAGGGAGAAUUCCAUGAAUUUUUGGCUGGGGAUGAUUCACACCCUCAGUCCAAAGAGAUUUAUAAAGUAAUAAAUAAUGUAUUUUUGCUCUCUAAUUUGGAGAAAUACAUACCUUUAAACAUGUUUAUGCAUAUAGAAUGAUGAUUCCUCGCAAGAGUAAAAGACUUGGGACUAAAUUGGAUAGGCAGUAGGCACUGAUUCUUUUUCAUUCACUCUUAGGUUUUUGAUGAGCUAAGCUAACUAUUUUAUUCAUCUUUUUUUUGUUGAAAUGUUCUUCCAAUUUUGUUUUCAGCAAAUUAGGAAAA